AUGACCACAAAGGAGCAUCUAAAUGAUAACUUCUUGGCGAAUGUAAUUAACGCUUCUGUGCUUUUUAUCGUUUUUUUUUUUACAACCAUCCAGGUAAGAGGUGGUCUUAGCGGCGAGAGGACAGCUGUCUUUGCCUUCUACCCGCCGCAAAAAUACUCCUACGGUCCGCUAGAAGGGAGGGCGUCUUUAGUCGGCAUUGCCUCGCUCAAGAUCAACAAAGCUGACUCAUCAGACGAGGGUCUGUACGUUGUCACUGUCUUCUUAGGAGCUGCGGGGACGCAAGAGAGGCACGUGUAUCUCAACAUAUUGGUGCGGCCGAUUGUGACGGUAGGUCCACGCAGUCCAUAUAUCGUGACAUCAGGCAAAGACUACAUCUUAAACUGCUCCAUAACCAAGUCCAAACCAGAAGUGAACGACGUGUACUGGACUAAAGACGACGUUCGGCUGACGACCAGCAGGCGUCAGGGGAAGUAUGAGGGAGGGGACGGCAGCUACCCGUCCCUCGUCAUACGUGACGUGGGCAGGGGAGACUCGGGAGAGUACGCAUGCGUCGCCGAUCACGUGACUGGCUCUGUGAGCAAGAGCCUCACAUUAGGAGUACUGUAUAAGGCUGAUAUCAUAAAGAUCUCGGAGUCUAUGACAGCUGCGAACGGAGACGACGUGCAGCUGUACUGUGUGGCAGACGGGAACCCUCCUCCUGAUAUAUAUUGGACGUUCCAGGGCGCGCCGGUGAGGACAGAAGUGCGCAGACUCAAUGAAACGGUCAGCAUGAGCAAACUGCUGUUAGAUGGCGUCAGCGGAAACGACACGGGCUUGUACGCAUGCUCAGUGCGGAAUGGUGUGGGAAGCAGGGCGGUCACAAGAUGGCUGAAGCUGAGAGUCAGACUACCAGGGGAACCCGAAGGAGGAUACACUCAGAUAACCAUCAUCGCUGGCGCAUGCGCAGGAUCUGUCUGGCUUCUGCUGUGCAUCUUUCUCUUGGCCAUCUAUAUUCGGAGGCGCCGGAAGCGGUCACGCGUUAAGGAGUCCAAGAACAAAGACUUUGCGUACUACUACACAGAUGACCCCUACGAGUUCCAGUAUUUGGGGUUACGGAGCUUUGAAUCCGGUCCGAAACGAAGUACGUCCGGGGUCAAGGCCGCUCAGUCCUAUGAGGCAGGUUUAGAUGGAGGGCGAAGAUAUGCAAAGGCACUCUAUAACUACUCACCACUGGAUGAGGACGAACUGCGCCUGUGUAUCGGUGACGUCAUCGAGGUGAUCAAGGGGGAGGGCGACGGUUGGUGGUUCGGCUACCUGAACGGGAGAGUCGGCAUGUUCCCCUCGAACUAUGUGGACGUCCUGUCUUCGGACGACAGAAGGACCAACACCCUACCUCUCAGUCGCAAGGCCACCAUGCUGAACGAAAAGUCACAGGCCCACCAGGCUAGAGCGGCCAAAUCAUCAUUGGAUGAGGUAGCUGAGUUCUCCCUGUUUACAAUAUAA